AUGGCGCCCAAGCUCGAUACGAGCGAUCCUCAUGUCGCGCGCCUCGUCGAUUUGUUUGCGACGAUUUCGCUGACAGGUCAGCGUGCCGCAGAUACAAUCAAAAACCCCAAGUAUGCGCGCGCGCUCGAGCAUGCCAUCUCUGCGCAUGACCUAGAUAAGAAGCACCUGGAUGCCAAAGUGGGCUCGGCCGUCGUAGUGGCCGCCUCGAAUGGCGCUGACCUGCCCGAUCACAAGCUAGACUACAUUAUUGACCGCGUCGUGCGCAAAGACCUCGUGUCGACGGACCAAAUCCAGACGGCAUGCGCGUAUGCGGCCUCGGUGGACACGCUGGACGACGACGCAGCUUUCAACGAACACUGUGGCGUCGGCGUCAUCGUAUCGCCUGCUGAGUGCGUGGCUGUCGUGCGUAGCAAGAUGGAUGCUCACCGCGCUGAGAUCACGGAGGCCGGCGGAUGGCCUAAAAUGUCGCUCCUCAUGUCGGCCGUGCGCGGCGCUCCGUCGCUGCGGUGGGCACAGCCCGUCGAUAUCAAGAAUGCCGUGGAAGCUGAGCUGACGGCGCAGUUCGGUCCACGCGCAGCAGCGACCAAGAAAAAGAGCGCGCCAGCGCCCAAGGCGGACAAGAAGCCCAAGAAGGAAGAGGCAGUGCGUCCCGAUGCGAUGUUUGAAGAGGGCUUCCUCGCUUCGCUGCACAAGCCGGGCGAAAAUCCGCAAAAGUCGGAGCGACUGCGUGAGGAGCACCUGCGUGCGACGCAUGGCUCUGUUCUUACGCGGUUCCCGCCUGAGCCCAAUGGUUUCCUGCACAUUGGCCACUCCAAAGCUAUCGCGGUCAACUUUGGCUUUGCACGCUACCACAAAGGCCUGUGCUACUUGCGCUUCGACGAUACAAACCCGGCAGCAGAGGAAGAAAAGUACUUUGUGAGCAUUCUCGAGACGGUGCGGUGGCUCGGCUUCGAGCCGUUCAAGGUCACAUACUCGUCUGACUACUUUGACCGCCUGUACGAAUUGGCUCUCGAGCUGAUUCGCCGUGGCCUGGCGUAUGUGGAUCACUCGACACCGGAGGAGAUUCGCGCAGGUCGCGGUGGACCGGACAAAGACGUGCGCGUCGAGAGCAAGUGGCGGCAUCGUCCCAUCGAAGAGUCGCUGCAGGCGUUUGACGAUAUGAAGCAUGGCAAGUACCAGCCCGGUGAGGCGGUGCUGCGCAUGAAGCAGGACAUGCUGGGCAGUGGCAAUCCGUAUAUGUGGGACUUGAUCGCGUACCGUGUGCUGGACGCGCCGCACCACCGCACAGGCACCAAGUGGUGCAUGUAUCCCACGUACGACUUUACACACUGCCUGGUCGACAGUUUUGAAAACAUCUCACAUUCGCUCUGCACGACGGAAUUCAUUCUCGCGCGUGAAUCGUACGAAUGGCUGUGUGAUGCGCUGGAUGUGUACAAGCCGCGACAGUACGAGUACGGUCGCUUGUCGAUCGAGGGUGCGGUCAUGUCCAAGCGCAAGAUGCUCAAACUCGUGAACGAGGGCUAUGUGGACGGCUGGGACGACCCACGCAUGUAUACCCUCAUUGGUCUGCGCCGCCGUGGUGUGCCGCCCGGUGCUAUUCUGUCGUUUGUGAACCAAUUGGGCGUCACUACGCACAACUCGACGAUCCCGCUCAGUCGCUUUGACCAGGCGGUGCGGCAGUACCUCGAGAUGAACACACCGCGUCUCAUGAUGGUGGUCAAGCCGCUCAAGGUCAUUAUUGAAAACCUGCCUGACGACUAUGCGCUCGAUAUCACGAAGCCGCUGCAUCCCAAGGUGCCUGAGAUGGGCCAGGUGACCGUGCCGUUUACGAAGACGGUGUACAUUGAUGCGUCCGACUUCCGUACGCAAGACGCGCCGGACUACUUCCGUCUCGCGCCAGGCAAGACGGUGGGUCUGUACCAGGUGCCGCACCCCGUGACGUGCACGUCGUUCCGUACGAAUGACGCUGGUGAGGUCACCGAGCUCGUGUGCCGCUACGAAAACGGCGCGUCGCCGGUCGUGCCCAAGACAUAUAUCCAAUGGGUCGCGGAGCAUGCUCCGAGUCAGAGUCCCGUGCGUGUCGCAGAAGCGCGCCUCUUCCACCCGCUCUUUACGUGCGAAGACCCCGCGGCCCAGGACGACUUUUUGGCGUUUAUCAACCCCCACAGCCGCGAAAUCCUGCGGGAUGCCAUGCUAGAAGUCGGCAUUUUCCGUGUGGCUGAGAUGGCCAUGGCUCAAGCCAAGCGCGAGGCGCACGAGCGUGUGCAGCAGGCUGCACAGCUGGCAGAAAACGCGCUCGGCAAGGACGCCGCGCAGAGCGUACAGGCCCACGACGCGUCACAGGCGUCGGCCUCGAGCACUGUCGGCAAAGAGUGUGUCCGCUUCCAGGCUAUGCGUGUGGGCUACUUUGCCGCUGACAGCGACAGCUCUAUGGCGCUCUUUGGCGACCAGGCGCCCCACCACCUCGUGCUCAACCGCAUCGUGUCGCUCAAAGAGGACGCGGGCAAGUCGAAGUAG